AUGAAUCACUCAAGUGCAUCUGUAUUUAGAAACCAAAAAAAUAAGAGUACUGGAGCCACAUUCAUCCUCCUGGGAUUCUCAGAAUACUCAGACCUCCAGGUGCCCCUCUUCAUGGUCUUCCUGACCAUCUACAUGGUCACUGUUGUCGGGAACCUGGGCAUGAUCAUGAUCAUCAGGAUCAACCCUAAACUCCACAACCCCAUGUACUUUUUCCUCAGCCACUUGUCCUUUGCUGAUUUCUGUUACUCUUCAGUAGUUACCCCUAAACUAUUAGAAAACUUGGUUGUGGAAGACAGAACCAUCUCCUUCAUAGGGUGCAUCAUGCAAUUCUUCUUUCUUUGCAUAUUUGCGGUGGCUGAAACAUACAUGUUGGCAGUGAUGGCUUAUGAUCGAUUUUUAGCAGUUUGUAAUCCCUUGCUCUAUACAGUUGCAAUGUCCCCAAAGCUUUGUCUCUUUUUGGUGGCUGCCUCAUACUCUUGGAGUAUAGUCUCUUCCUUGACAUUCACCUACUUUCUGUUGACAUUAUCCUUCUGUGAGACCAACUUCAUAAACAACUUUGUCUGUGAGCAUGCUGCCAUUGUUGCCGUGUCUUGCUCUGACCCCUACAUUAGUCAGGAGAUCAUUUUAGUGUCGGCCACAUUCAAUGAAAUAAGUAGCCUUAUGAUCAUUCUUACAUCUUAUAUUUUCAUUUUUAUCACUAUCAUGAAGAAGCCAUCAACUGGGAGGAGAUACAAGACCUUCUCCACCUGUGCCUCCCACCUAACUACCAUCACCAUCUUCCAUGGAACCAUCCUUUUUCUCUACUGUGUGCCUAAUUCCAAGGGCUCAGGAAUCAUGGUCAAGGAGGCCUCUGUGUUUUACACAGUGGUCAUCCCCAUGCUGAAUCCCCUGAUCUAUAGCCUCAGGAACAAAGAUGUGAAGGAGGCAGUUAGGAAGUUAGUGAAUACCAAGUUACCCUGUCACAAACUGUAA